CGCGCGAGGCUCUGCUUUUCAUCCGCUUUCCAUAGACAUAUAGACUAACAACAAAACCAUGGCCCCUACUGCCACCAACGGCCACGUCAACGGCGGACCCGCGCUGAACAUGCAAGGGGUGCCGACGCCUCUACCCAAAACUCUCGCCGUCAGCGGCGACAGCAACGGACUUGAAAAGCUGGGCCUACGGGAUCUCGAUGCAUCCCUACUCACGACCACUCUCGUCCCCGAAUCAGACCUGAAGCCCAUACCGGACACGAAGGACCUCGUGUUUGGGCAGACGAAGACGGAACAUAUGCUCACAUGCUCGUUCGAUCCGCAGACGGGAUGGGGUACGCCGGAGAUCAAGCCGUACGGUCCUUUUCACCUCGACCCUAUGUCAUCGUGCUUCCAAUACUGCCCGACCGUCUUCGAAGGGAUGAAGGCAUACAUCGACCCGUCCGGCGAAGCCCGCUUGUUCCGCCCCGAGUUGAACAUGCAACGUAUGCAGCGCAGCUUGGCACGUGUGGCCCUUCCUCCCAUCAACACUGAAGCACUUCUAUCUCUCGUGAAAGCCCUGGUUCGUGUCGAACGACGAUGGAUACCCCGCACCAAGGGGUGCAGCCUCUACAUCCGUCCUACUGUUAUCGGCACGCGGGCGUCGCUCGGCGUCAGCGCAUCGGAUCACGCCCUGCUCUACAUCAUCGUAUCCCCCACUGGCCCUUACUUCCCCACCGGACCCAAACCCGUCUCGCUUCUUGGCAUCCAUGAGCAUGCCCGUGCAUGGCCGGGUGGUACCGGAGGCUUCAAGCUCGGCCUUAAUUACGCCCCGGGCUUCAUGCCUCAGAGGAUCGCGGCUCAGAAAGGCUAUCAGCAAGUGCUGUGGCUCCUGAACGACGCCGACAAAGACGGUGUGGAAGACAACCACCUGAAGAACCUCCGGAUUACCGAAGCGGGCGCGAUGAACUUCUUCGCUGUUCGGAAACGGGACGACGGGGAUCUUGACGUAGUCACGCCUCCUCUCGAUGGCACUAUUCUGCCAGGCGUGACGAGGCAAUCUUGCAUCGAGCUCUUGUCCGCCCAUGGCUCGAGGACUGUGCUCCCUGGCCUAUCCCCAGAAACUAAGUUGCACGUCGAAGAACGGACACUGACCAUCGCCGAACUCGUACAGUGGAACGAAGAGGGACGUCUUGCUGAGGCAUUCUGCGUUGGUACGGCCGUGAUUGUUGCCCCUGUGGGCCGUAUCGGCUACACCUUCUCCACUGCAUCAGGAGAGACGACAAAGGACUUGGUGUUCCCCCCGUACGAGGCGCACGGGCCUGUGGGCAACGCACUCUUCGAGCGGAUCAUAGAUAUCCAGGAGGGGCGGGAGGAGUGGCAGGGAUGGAGUGUGCCUUGUUGAUCAGAUGGUCUUAUCCAUCUCAUCUCGCCGUAUAACACUGCAGCAUACGGUCCCGGGUUGAAAGACGAUACAACGCACACGACGGUACCUUCAUAUAAGGAUAAGGAUGCAAUUGUUCAGGCAGCCUAGACGAUGACGCUGGCAGUCGAUCGAUCGCAUUUACGUUUCUGUCAGUCCGUUCAACGCUGUGUAUCUCGAUGGGCAUGGGUGCAAAUCACAAAACGAAACCACAGGGAGAGUCUAUCGUACAUAUCCGGGAGUGAAGGGUAUACAAUGUAUCCAAGGAGGGAAGACAAC